UCUCCCGCAGCUCUCCCCGGCAGCCAGCACGGCCCCUCAGCCUCGGGGCCCUUCCCCGCGGGCUCCGAGGACAGCGGCCGCGGCUCCCCCGGCUCCGGCUGCAGUGGGUGGAUCCUGGGAGGUGCCAGCCGCUUCCCUCCCCUUCCCCUCUCCCUGCGGGCUCGGCGCUGAGGAGGCGCCUGAGCGCGGCAGCAUCUUCCCUUGGCUCGCCGGGGCGGGGGGAGGAGCUGCCGCCGCCGCCUCGGAGAAGGAAGGAGGACACAAGCACAAAUCCAUAUGGAGGAUGAACCUCCUCCUCAAGGAGUCAGUGCCAAGGCCUUGGAGGCAACACUCUUGUCAGCCCUGAAGAUGCUGGAUGUUGGGAAAUGGCCGAUUUUUUCUCUCUGCUCCCCAGAAGAGAUCAAGUUAAUUCGUCAAGCCUGUGUAUUUGGCAGUGCUGGUAAUGAAGUGUUGUAUGCAACUGAAAAUGAUGAGGUUUUUGUGCUUGGCAUGAACUGCAGUGGCUGUUUGGGAACAGGUGACAUGCAGAGCACUAUAGAACCAAGAAGGUUAGAUUCUCUGUGUGGCAAGAAGAUAGCCUGCCUGAGUUAUGGAAGUGGCCCUCAUGUUGUUCUUGCUACAGAAGAAGGAGAGGUGUAUACGUGGGGUCAUAAUGCUUACAGUCAGCUGGGCAAUGGUACAACAAAUCAUGGCUUCAUUCCCUGUCAAGUCUCUACUAACUUGGUGAACAAGAAAGUCAUUGAGGUUGCCUGUGGCUCUCACCACUCCAUGGUGUUAACCUCUGAUGGAGAGGUAUACACAUGGGGUUAUAAUAACUCGGGCCAGGUUGGAUCUGGUUCAACAGCAAAUCAACCAAUUCCUCGAAGAGUUACCAGCUGCCUACAAAAUAAAAUAGUUGUUAAUAUAGCUUGUGGGCAGAUGUGCUCUAUGGCUGUGGUGGAAAAUGGAGAGGUCUAUGUCUGGGGGUACAAUGGGAAUGGCCAGCUGGGACUGGGCAGCAGUGGCAACCAGCCCACGCCGUGCCGGAUCGCAGCCCUGCAGGGCAUUCGUGUGCAGCGGGUUGCCUGUGGCUAUGCACAUACAUUAGUGCUGACAGAUGAAGGUCAGAUAUAUGCCUGGGGAGCCAAUUCAUAUGGCCAGUUAGGUACUGGGAAUAAAAGUAACCAGUCUUACCCUACAACAGUUAUUGUGGAUAAGGACAGGGUGGUGGAGAUUGCCGCCUGCCACUCGGCGCACACGUCGGCGGCCAAGACGCAGAGCGGCCAGGUGUACAUGUGGGGGCAGUGCCGGGGCCAGUCCGUCACCUUCCCGCACCUCACCCACUUCGCCUGCACCGACGAUGUGUUCGCCUGCUUCGCCACCCCCGCCGUCAUGUGGCGCCUGCUCUCCGUAGAGCCUGAUGACCAUCUAACAGUUGCCCAGUCACUAAAGAAGGAAUUUGACAACCCUGAAACUGCAGACCUGAAGUUCCUAGUGGAUGGAAAAUACAUUCAUGUUCAUAAAGUUCUUCUUAAAAUUAGGUGUGAACAUUUCCGCUCCGUACUCAAUAAUGAUGAUGAAAUUAUAGAAAUGAGUGAAUUUUCUUACCCUGUUUACCGAGCCUUCCUGGAAUAUCUGUAUACAGACAACAUUAGGCUCCCUCCUGAAGAUGCAAUAGGGCUGCUAGAUUUGGCAACACUGUAUAGAGAAAACAGACUGAAAAAGCUUUGCCAGCAAACGAUCAAACAAGGCAUUUGUGAAGAGAAUGCCAUUGCUCUCCUCUCUGCUGCUGUCAAGUACGAAGCUCAGGACUUGGAAGAAUUUUGCUUCAGAUUUUGCAUAAACCAUUUGACUGUUGUUACACAAACUCAAGGCUUCGCAGACAUGGACCACGACCUCCUGAAAAACUUCAUUAGCAAAGCCAGCAGAGUGGGAGCAUUCCGAAAUUGAGGUCUGGCUACUACCAAGCUGAAGAGCACGUCCUCUUCCCUUCUGGAAAUACUUUUCCUUUGGAGAACUCCUCCGUGGUCAGAAUGUGCAAUGGUUUGGAAGGAAAGUCUCGGUGUCCAUCAGCUUAGGGAAUGUGCAGAAGUCCACUAACAUGUAGGCUUUGUUGUAAGGAUGGCUACAGUGUAGGUGUGUGGUAACUGUUCAUUGCCAACAGCCAGAAUUUAACACAAAAAUCUAAUGCAGUAACUACCCUUUCCCACCCAAAGUCAAGCAAACUAAGCUUGUCAUUAUCUAGUCUGUCUAAUUUUUAUUUUUUUAAACAGUCUGUGUUUGGAUUUUAUGGGACAGUGACCUCUUUGCUGCUAAAACUUUCAUAGUGUAUUUUUGUCUCAAAACUCAGUUAAUAUGCCAUAAUGGGCUUCUUUUUAUGAUCCAGUGAAGAUACAAACUUGUUUUUCUGGACAUAUGGUAAAGUACCAUAAGUUCUUUAGGCUGAGAAGCUUUAUGGUUUGUAGGAGGGUAUGUCUCACUUGUUAUUUGGGAGUUAAUUUAUGAGGAGCUUCAGCAAGAUAUUACAGUUUUGAGUUCUUGUCUCAUUGUUUAGCCAGAAUGAAAAAGGAUCUCCCUUUCCAUUACACCAGGCCUGUCCCUGGCACCCCAAUGGAAACACUCUCUAAGUUUGUCUGGGAUGUGAAUUGUCAUGCUGUGAGUUUUACUACUAAGAAAACCACCUAGUUACAAACCCAAACAAGCUUUCUUCAAGUUCUGCUUAAGGCAUAUUUGUUCUUGUUUUGCUAUGUCUCCUCAGACAGAUCAACUUCAGAAAAAUGGAGAAAAAGGUGAUUUUGAAGCGGUAACUUCAAAUUAAUUAAAUUUUAAGAGUGAACUGACAUUAUAUUCCAAAUGGUGAUAAAGGUAACUUGUCCAAAUAGGGCAUUUCAGAGUCUCCUGUGGUCAGAGCUGUGAGGUGACCACUCCACUUUCCUUUCAGGGCUGUUCAGGAGAGAGGAGAUGCCCUCUGGACAUGCCUCUCUCCCAGCACUGAGGUGGAGUAAAUGCUUCAUUCCUAACUGGCUGAAGUGAAUUAAGGUGAAAAACCCACCCAGUGCUGCACAGAGAGAGGUUUGCCCCAUUACAGAAGAUGUGGCACUUAUGGAGCUUUUACUUGAAUUUUCUAACAGGUAACUGUGAAUUAACUCUGAGAAUUUCAGAUUUUGACUGAGUGUAGUGACUUCAAGUGCCUUUUGCAGUAUUUUAUAAACGGGGGAGACAAAAAGCUGGAUGACCAGGCUCAGUAUCUAAUAAAAUUGUGUAAGUAGUCAUGCAGUCUUCCUGCAGGUCCCUGCUGUGCCACAGCAUCCUUCACUGAUGUUUUCUAAUCCUCAAAUGUGGGUUCUAAGAACUUAAUUCCCUUAAAUUAUCACAUCUUCAUGCCUAAGGUGGAAAUAGCUGUUCUUUACGAUACUGGAGGCUCAUUUCUCAAACAGUCCUGUUCUUUGAGGGACAGGAGGGAGGAAAACAAGGAAGAGGAGUAGUGAGUAGUACCCCCUUCACCCCAGGCCCUGUGUGAGUGGAAAGGUGAAGCACACAGGUAGCAAAAUUUACUUAGGAAGAGGGUGAUGAGCAAAUAUUUUAGAAAAUGUUGUGGUAAAUAUCUAAUUGUCUUUGAGACAUUUGCCUCACACCCUCACUAGAAAUAUAUUGGAUUAUCUACUGCUAACAAGCACAUUCUGCCACCCCCUCAGUGAUGAGUACGACUUCCUCCAGCAGCAUUAAGUCUGUUCUUAGCAGCUGUGUCAGUAUUUUGUAUUCAAACAGAAGUGGUCAAAACCUUUCCUAUCCAUAAUGCAGAUUCAUCAAAAACACAGCUUUGCUGGGGGAGGAGAUCAGUUUUGUUAAGUUUGUGUUGAGAAGCACUUGGCACCAGCACACAGCCAGAGGUUACUGCAGACAGUGGAAAUGUGUCACUGUAGGGCACAGUUGUACUGCCAACCCUGUGUGCUGUAGGCCAGCACUGAUCAUACCAGUGUGGACACAAGGGAUUCCAUGUAAGCCAAGGCUGCAGAUCCCUGGCUAAGCCUGAGAUGCCAGAUUCACAUGCCAGCGCUUCCUUCAGGAUAGCAGUGCAUGGAACAAGGGUGUAUGACCACAUCCCAGCCUGGGGCAGCAGCUGGCACCACCCCUGUCCCACCCACACCCAUGGCAUCACACAUCCAGUCCCACUGGGAAAUGGAACCAGCUGGGAAACCCCACCCCUGCUGCUGGCUUGGCAGUGGUCACUCCAGCUUUCCUAAGGUGUGGAUUAUGAAAGGUCUCGCCACACGUUUCUGUUGUUUUACUCAGAAGAAUCAAACAAAAAACUAAACGUUAAAUGAUGGGGUUUUUCUGACUCAGCAUCUGCUCAGAAACCUUCUCUGGCUCUUUGGGGACACUACUGCAUGGAAUGAUAGCACUGGAGAGAGGCACCACUCUCCUCCAUUAGCUCAAGUUCAUAACAAAGUAGCUAAAUAGGGAUUGCAGCUGAAAUGGCAUGCUGCUUGGAACAAGACAUUUUUGGCUUAAUAGAUCAAAGUGUCAUUUUUUUUUCCAAUUUACUUCCUUCCUGCUCAUUCUUUCCAGCCAACCAUACACAUUAAAGCCUACUUGCAAUUUCAGAAUAAUUGACAAAGCCCGUAAUUUUGAGAAAAAGCAUCUCUGGACUGAAUGAGGGUGAUUCUAAAGGUUCAUUGUGUCAGCGUUGACUUUUUAUUUUGUAUCAUCUGACCUGGCUGGGAUAGUGUUACAUUCAUAGAAACAUUUAUUUAUUUAAUUUUUUAAAAUUUUCAUUGCAUGUGUUCAAAGAAAACCACCCUUACUGGCUUAGGUGGUUAAAUGUGGGUGCAUGGAUGUAAAUAUUGAAACCCAACCGUGGGACAUUUCAGAAGAAAUUAGGGAUGCAUUUUACUGUGGUGAGAUAGACUGCAACAGCCUUGUGUUUGUGUAUCUUGCAGACUAAACACUUAAUAAAGUAUUGUUCUGUUUUAGAAUACCACAGAAAAAAGGUAUUUAUUAAAAAGUGAAAAUUUGGUCAAGCAGAAACUGUGUCUGGGGUUUAAAUAAAAAGCAAUGUUCUGUUUUCAAGAAAGGAGUCUGACAAGAAAAAAGAAUUUCAGAGGUAGGAUCAUUUGAAGGUUCUCCUAAGUUACUGAAGGUAAAAGCCAGCACUGCCUUCUCAUCUAGUAUCCACCUGUAGAGUUCUGUUACAAUGCUUGGUAACUAUGUAAACUGCUGUUUUUAUGUGAUCUGAACACUUUCCGUGGACUUUCCUUUAAAAACAAAGCAUUUAUUUGCCCCAGAGAAGCAGGAUUCACUGGCCAUCACCCAAUGAUGUACAAAGUUUACAGCCUGAUUUUACAUAAAUGAUUUCUUUGUUCUAUAUAAGCUUACCUGGUUUAAUAGACCAUUAAUAAAAAUGCCAUAAUAUUUAAAACAGUUUGAA